GAAAGAAACAAGAAAUAUUAGCUGCUCAAAAUGCAUUAGAUGGGGAGGGAGAAGCUAGUCAACCUUCUCAACUAAGUGAAAUGAAUAUAUGGGUGCAAUCUGCUGGUGGAAAGAAAAAAGGAAGAGUCAAAGGUCUUGGAUCUCUAGGUCGAACUGUAAAGACAUCGAAGCAAUCAACAUCAGCUUUGCCUGAAGAUAUUGAUGAGAUGAUUAAGUCACAGAUAAAUGCUUCAAAUGCUGAUUUGUAUGCUCAGUUGCAGAAUGAGCGGCACAAAAAUAAGAAGAUGAGAAAGGAAUUAGACUUGUUGAUCAAGCAUGUAUACAAGAAAUCACUUUCAACUGAGCGAUCAUCUCAAGAAGAUAACCAAGCUUAUGAGAAUGAAAGUGAUGAUGACUCUAAUAGCAUGAAUGAAAGAGAUUCUAACCCUGAUAACGUGAAUGGAAGUGAUCAUAAUUAUGAUUGAGAUGGUUGGUAGUUCUAGUGAGGAUUCAAAUUUGAAAUAUUUUAUUUCGGACCAUUUAAGAAUCAUACAUUA